GGGGCGGGAGAGGAUGGACGAGAGGCACUGAGCGCAUGCGCAGAUGAGGCCCAGCCGGGGAUGCUGGACCCCGGCCGGGAAACCUUGGGAACGCUUGGGACGCGUAAGAGCUGAGACUUCAGAAUCCCCAGGGACUCCUUUCAAUACUCAACAGAAACCUCCAACACCCUAGUGAUGGCUCAAAGGGACUGUUUUCUUACCCUUAACCUAAAUGACUGCCAAAAAGGAAGGCAAAGAUAGAGCGGUUGGAUCUCUUGCUUUCCUUGUAGUUUUAAAUCGUGGACCUUAUUAAGCCCCUUUCUGAGCCUCAGGACAAAGCUUGAACAAAUGAUUCAGAGUCAUGAAUGAAAAAUCUUGCCCUUUACAUAAUGGGAAAGAAUUAAGAGAUGUACAGAUCUCAGAGUUGAAGAACCAUGGUAUACUCCAGGCCCUGACAACAGAAACUAGUGGAUGGGAGCCAAGUGUUGUGAGUGAAGAGGUGCUCAGAGCCCAAGAAGAAUGGGAAGCUGUGGACACCAUCCAGCCAGACACAGGUAUCUUCCAUUAUGCCCCAGGAAGCCGGGCCAGUACAGACCAGCCUGGGCAGCUCAUCUCUUUUGGUGAGGCCCUGCAGCAUUUCCAGACUGUAGACCUCUCCUCCUUCAAGAAAAGAAUCCAGCCAACUAUUCGAAGGACUGGGCUCGCCGCCCUCCGGCACUGCCUCUUCGGGCCUCCAAAGCUCCACCAGGGCCUUCGGGAAGAAAGGGACCUGGUCCUGACCAUUGCUCAGUGUGGCUUGGAUAGCCAAGACCCAAUGCAUGGCCGAGUCCUCCAGACCAUCUACAGGAAGUUGACUGGCUCCAAGUUUGACUGCGCCCUCCUUGGAGACCACUGGGAAGACCUGGGAUUCCAGGAGGCUGUACACAGUGGGAAGAAUAGGGAGAAGAGCAUACUUCUUCUUGUCCUGGAACCAGAAGUUUGGCCUUCUUUUGGAGCAAAUCCAGCCACAGACCUGAGAGGGGCUGGUUUCCUUGCCCUACUGCAUCUGCUGUACCUGGUGAUGGACUCAAAGACUUUACUGAUGGCCCAGGAGAUUUUCCGCCUGUCUCAUCACCAUAUCCAGCAAUUCCCUUUCUGUUUGAUGUCGGUGAACAUCACUCGGAUCGCCAUCCAAGCCUUGAGGGAGGAGUGUCUCUCCAGGGAGUGUAAUCGGCAGCAAAGGGUCAUCCCAGUGGUGAACAGCUUCUAUGCUGCAACUUUCCUCCGCCUCGCACAGAUCUGGAGGACACAGCAGAAAACCAUCUUAGACUCAGGCUUUGUCCUCAAAGACUUGGAAGCAUUGGCCAAGAAGAGCCCACGGCGACUACUCAAGACCCUGGAGAUCUACCUGGCCCGGGUGUCAAAGGGACAGGCCUCCUUGUUGGGGCCACAGAAGUGCUCUGGGCCACAGGGUCCUCACUCAAAGGAUCUCACCUUCAUAGGUGUGUGUGACCUGCAGCCUCACCCAGCUCACCUCAGCUCAGGGUUGAUCUGACCAACCUCAGAGAUAGACUUGACAGCAGGACCACAGGGGCUUUCAGAAUGUGUGGCAAGCUAUGCCCUGAGCACCCUGGCUAGGAAGCACCUAGACCCGGAUGGAGAGAACCAAGUAUCCUCACCAGCAUGGAACAUUCUGGAUGGCUACACUUGACCUCCUUCCUGUGGACCUACCUCUGAGCAAGGAGUGUCUUGCCUCAUUCCCUGCGUGGGUCCAGUCCACAGGGUUGGAUUCCAGGAAUCUCACUGGGAGCAAAUGGAUCAUGAGGUGGGACAUCCCUAUCUGAACAUUCCCAUAACCCCACACAGAAGUAGAUUCCCAAGUAGAAGCAGCCAGAAGUCCAACUCCCUAACAGCAGUCAGGCCCAGGUGUCUGAUAGAAAUUUGAUGGGGAAAAAUAGCAAUGGCUGCAGCCAGCAGGGGGCAGCACAACCUAGAGGAAGCCACUGACUUUGGCUGGGUGGGCCCUUGCCCCCAGCCAUCAUCAAAAUCAGAGUCUUCUGGGCUUCCUGGUCUCACACUUCUCCAACCUUCUUCUCCCUCUCACCUCUUUCCUCCCUCUAUUGAUUACUAUCUAGAAACGGGCUCUCAGCUAGACUAGGCUAGGUAUCUCCGUGACUGCUCCAUCCUAACCAAGCUGGAGCCGCCUCCUAUGGAGGCUGUGCGCUUCCCUCGAGGAUGGGUUUUCUGGCCUGGUUGAAGGAAGGAUUCACUUACACACCAGCAGUUUUAGAAUAAAGUCAUUGUUCUAGUUUAAGAGUCUUCAGUGUUUUUCCAAGACAAGUGUUGCAGGGCCUUCUUGCAGCCCUAUUGUCCAGGACUAGGUUGGGGGGAGGGGUUAGUGCUUUGGCCUCCACAGGAGGAAGAAGAUGCCUGGCUGAAGUCCAGCUAAGUUCAUAGGAGUUCAUCCUCACUGUAGCUGCACUUGCAGGCCUGGAGACUCCUUGUGAGCCCUAGCCUGUGGACAAGGUGACCCUGGCUCAUUAAGGUUGACUAAUGUGGUGUCCAUACGAGGUUUUUCCUACGUUUGCUUCUAGGCAAGCCUGGCUCUGUUGCUUCCCCUGAAUACCAGACCGGGGCACCAGAUCUAGGGCAUGGGGGCAGGUGAGAGCCCUCCCUCAAGUGGAGCUAUGGAAGACCAUUGUCUAGCCCCUGCAGGCUUCUCCAGGCCUGACCCACUGGAGAUAGGACCUCUCUCAGAGCUGGGGACAACAGAUGUCCACCCAAGUAUGGAAGGAAUUCCCAGAAUACUGUCAGCAGGAUGCCUCCAGUGCAGCUGGUUACAAACCCUACAUUUUGCCUUGUGUCAUGUUUGCUGGAUCUCAGCUAAUGCUUUGUUCCCACAACUUCCUCCAGCCCCAGUCCUCAGCUGACCAGCAGAGAUGGCAGGAAGGACACUGCCCACAAUAGGUGCUGGAAGGCAGGCACAGUUGGAAGGCAGCUCAGGCUCCACUUUGUGGUUUUGGGGGUUGUUUAUUUUUUAAUGUU